AUGUCAACCUCAGCCAAAACAGUGUUUGUCACCAUAGAAAUUUUAGAAUCGGUGGCAGGUGUUUGGGGAAACGGUUUCAUUGUAGUAGUGCUCUGUGCUGACUGGAUCAAAACCAAGAAAAUCACCUUGUUUGAUUUCAUCUAUACUUGCUUGGCUAUCUCCAGGAUUGUUAUGAUAUACCUACUCUUGGAAGACAGUAUUGCACUUGCAUUCAAUCCAGAAUUAAUUGCAAAGCACCCCAAAUUAAUCGUCAUUGCUGAUUUUUUCUGGAAUCUGAACAGCUCCUUAAGUAGUUGGUGUGCUACCGGCCUAGGUGUCUUCUAUUUCCUCAAGCUGUCCCAGUUUGCCCACCCCUUCUUUCUCUGGCUGAAGUGGAGAAGGGAUCAAAUCGUCUUGGCCAUUCUACUAGGGUUCUUUCUUUCAUUGCUUUCUCAUCUUCUAAGCAUAAAAUUUUAUAUACUUUGGAUCAACCAGUAUGAAAGAGAGGGAAGAAACCUGAGCUGGAGAGGAUGGGCACAUAAAAGCCAAUACUUCAGCAAACAAGUUCUCCUCAAUGGGGGAUCCCUCAUGGCUUUCCCCAUGUCCUUCAUUUCAUUUUUCCUGUUAAUAAUAUCCCUGGGGAGACAUACCAGGCAGAUAAUGCAUCAUGCCAAGGGAUUGAGAGGCUUCAACACAGAGGUUCAUGUGAGAGCCAGAAAUACUAUGAUUUCCUUCAUCAUUUUCUUAGUGGUGCACUACACAUCCACUUUGCUGAUAAUCUGGACCUAUAAUGAAGUAGAAGACUUCUUCGUUGUAGUCAUUACUGAGACUAUAGCAUUACUUUAUUUUUCAGUGCAUCCUUAUAGUAUGAUUCUGGGGAAUGGAAAACUGAGGCAGACCUUUGUGAAUCUCAUAAAGAGAACUGAAUGCUUUUCUGUAGCCCAGAGAUUAGUUUACCAUGAAAGUUUAACCUCCUUUGCAUCACAUUUGGUUCCUGGUAAAAUGAAAAUCCUCCUUAUGCGAGCAGAUCACAUUUGCAUCUUUGUCCACAAUGAUUUACUAGGUAAAUGGAAGUGUUGUCAGUAUGCAUUUAGUGAUGUGAAGGUGGAGUGCGGGAAAUCGCAGUUGUUUAGUGACCUGAUACCUCUGGAGGAAUUUCUACUGGAGAUAAAUCUCACAACAUGA